AUGGCCUCUAUUCGCGUUCUUUCCUUCGAUGCUGAGGGCCGUCCCGUGCAGUUCACUUCCUGGCUCGACGACCUGCAGUUGUAUCUUAUGAGCAAUAGCACGGACCACAUCUCCCUCUAUGACUACGCGUCUGGUGCUGCCGCUGCUCCUGCUGCCACAGCCGAGCUUAGUGUACGUUCACAGUGGCAGACUCGUGACGCUGCAGCUCGCCUGGCUAUUCGCAGUCACCUGCCGUUAGCUGAGCUAGAGCACUUUGGCGACUGCAAAACCGCUAAAGCCCUAUACGACGCUGUCGUUGCUCGCUACUCCUCACCUGCCCAAGCCGAGCUUAGCCGUCUCAUGCUGCCUUACCUGUUCCCUGACCUGUCCACCUUUGCUACAGUCGCCGAUCUUAUCACCCACCUUCGCACUAGUGAUGCUCGCCUGCGUGCCGCCCUUCCCACCGAGUUCUGCGCUAAGAACCCCCCCCCCCCUGUCUGGGCUCUCCACUUCAUAGUCACCCGUCUCCCUGACACCCUCAGCUCAGUGCGCGACUAUUUCCUUGCUCGCUGUCCCACUGAGCUCACUGUCGCCCUCCUAGAGGAGAAGCUGCUAGCAGCCGAGAAGAGCAUUGUAGCUGUAGGCGGGGGCGGCGGCGGGAGCAGUGGCGGUGGUGGCAGCGGCGGCAGUGGCGGCGGUGGCGGUAGUGGCGGUGGCGGUGGCGGUGGUGGCGGUCGGAGCGGAGGUAGUGGCGGCGGUGGAGGUCGGAGUGGAGGCACCGGCUCGGGCCAGAGCUCCCAGCAGCAGCAGCGUCCCCAGACGACCCAGAAAGCUUCGUGA